CGGACUAUGAGAAGAGACCAGAGAGAUUUGUCUAAAGAGCGCACUAAAGUGAGUGCGCAUUUUACCUCUUAGUUUUUGUAUAAAAUCACACUAUCUUGCUAUCGAUUGCCUCGUAGGCUACUUGCAACUACGUUUUGCUCGAUUUUCUUGUGUUGGUUGUCCGUUUUGCGUUAUAAAUCCGACUUGAUUGAACGAGCACCUGACCUGCGCUGGAAUACGGCGGCGGCAGCUCGGCACUUGGACAGAGCUGCUCUGAAGAUCAUACCGAAUCGCAUCCCUGGGAAUGGCACAACGUGCACGUUAAACAUUAUUUUCCUGAGUGAACUGAGAAGUAUAUCGCACUCUCUCUUUGUGAAAUUGGAGGUUUACGCUGUCGCACAUACCAGUUGGAUAUUUCCAGAAGACUGACAUGAUGCGACUUUAUGACAUCUUGAAACUGACCGUAGCCCUGUUUUGGUGUACAUCACUCGCAUACGAUCAUCCAAAGUCAGCCCACAUUACAGAGACACUGCCUAAUGCAACCCCUCUGAUUCUUAAAAAGGGAGAUUCGGUGUCCCUGAUUUGCAGAGGGAAUCAACCGUAUUGGGAACUUGGCUCUGAACUCCGAGCUUUAUCAUCAAAUGGUGUGAAGGUGGGACGCUGUGACCAAAAGCCGCGUACUGCUCACCACUGCAGCAAUCUGACCAUCACCAAUCUGACAGCCAAUGAUACUGGAGCAUACAACUGCAGGCACUCCAAACACAGCUCAAUUUAUAUCUAUGUUACAGAUUCACAGCAGCCAUUUGUGGCACCUCAUCCCUCGAUACCUCUGCUUCUUUGGACUUUGAGGAAUGAAACCAGCCUCAUUAUUCCAUGUCGAACAACUUCUCCUGAUGCUGUUGUGACACUUGAUGCGUCACGUUCUUUAUCAGAAGAAGUGAAGAAAGAAAUGGAGUGGGAUCCAAAAGUAGGAUUCAAGAUUCCCUAUGGUCCUCUUGCUCACUACAAUUUUCUUACAUGUAGCACAGAGGUUAAUGGACAUGUUUUCAGAACAAUGUACAUGCCGCGAAGAUGGACUGGCGUCCUUAACAAUGUAAAGAUUACCCCAGAUCAUGUAAAACUAAUAGCUGGAGACCUCCUUGUUCUUAAUUGUACUGGUGAAACCACAUAUAAUGGAAGAAUCAACUUCACAUGGGAGUUUCCUAGAAAAGCAGAGCAUCGGCAUCAAACUAAUAAAACCUUUUUAGUAUUAGAAGAUGUCAUUUAUAUGAGUAAGACCUUGUAUUUGCCCAAUGUAACAAUGGAGGAUAAGGGGAACUACAAGUGUUAUGCGGAGGUGGAAUCCACAAAACACAAACCUGUUAAAGUGUCUGUGACAGUUUAUGAGCAUCCUUUUAUCAAUCUGACAUAUAAGAAUGACAACCUCAGUACUAUUAUUGUAAAUAAACUCAAUAAGAAGGUUUCAUUUGGAGCAAAAGUUAAAGCAGUGCCUCCCGCAGACACAGUAAUUUGGUAUAAAGAUGGCAUUCCAAUCAAAAAGAAUUCGAGUUGCUACAAAAUGUCUGGCCACAACCUGAUUAUCAGUGAUGUACAGCAGAAGCACGCAGGUGUCUACACAAUCAGUGUAGGCAUUCAAGACAAAGGGCUGUACAAGAAUCUCAGUUACUCUCUGGUUUUCAAUUUGCCUCCAGCCAUUUCUGAGAAAGAGCUCUCCACGGUAGAUGUGCAGCCCUACAUGUUUGGCAAAGACCAACCGUUAGCUUGUACUGCCUAUGGACUGCCUUUGCCAAGCAUCACUUGGCUCUGGCAGCCAUGUCCCUCGGAUUCAAACACAACACAUUGCAAUGGGAGUGCAUAUCAUGCCAUGGACUCAUUUCUUGUUGCAACUGAUACUGAGUUUGGAAGUUAUUCCCACAACUGGAUUAAGAGUGUAAACUAUAAACCUGAGCUGGUCCAAGGCAAAAAUAAGACUGCAAGUAUAGUAGUGAUAGGAGCAGCCAAUGUAUCAGGACUAUACACUUGUAUGGCCAACAAUGAAGAGGGUACUGAAACAAUGACAAUUCCCUUCUUCGUUACUAAUCACACAGAGGAAAUGGCGGUGUUGUCUCCGUCGGUUAUUGAGGGGGACGAUGCUGUCCUAACAUGUCGGGCAACGCGUUAUCUCUACACAGACCUCCAGUGGCUUGAUUCAAGAAAUCAUACUGUCACCUCAAAUGUGUCUACUCUUGAGACAAGCACAUACUCCAUUUCACGUUCUCUCCGUCUGUAUAAUGUGUCUCGUAACAGCUCUAGAGGCUACAAGUGUCAAGGGCAUAAAGUGCACAAUAAAGCUGUGCUGAAGACUGCUAACCUAAAUGUUGCUGAGAGAAAAUUGCCUUGGCUGAGCCAAAAUCUUACAGAUCAGCAUGUGAAUAGUAGCACCACCCUCAUAUUGACUUGUUUAGCCCUUGGAGUUCCUCAUCCAUACAUCAUGUGGUAUAAAAAUGGGAUUGAAGUGGAAAAAGGCCCAGGUAUCACAUUUGGUGAUGGGGUCCUAACCAUUGAGAGAGUAAAAAAAGAUGAUGAAGGACUUUAUGAGUGCAUGGCCAUAAAUGAUCUUGGUGCUGCAAAGACAAGUGCUGUGGUCACUGUCUAUGAUGACAGUAAGCCAAACGUUGAGGUGAUCAUCCUGGUGUGUACUGGAGCCGCAGCAACCUUCCUGUGGCUUAUGCUUAUUCUGUUUAUUCGUAAACUUAGAAAGCAGCCUGCACAUUACAAAAUGGGACCAUCAAUCAUCAUUGAUCCUGACGAGUGUCCUCUUGAAGAGCAAAAUGAGCUUCUUCAGUAUGAUAGCAGCAAAUGGGAGUUUCCUAGAGAUCGGCUGCAACUGGGUAAGACCCUUGGCCAUGGAGCUUUUGGGAAAGUUGUGGAGGCAUCAGCUUUUGGAAUUGACAAGUUUUCAACAUGCAAGACUGUUGCAGUUAAAAUGCUGAAAGGGGGGGCAACAUCCAAUGAACGAAAAGCUUUGAUGUCAGAGUUGAAAAUCCUUAUUCAUAUUGGACAUCAUUUGAAUGUUGUGAAUCUUCUUGGAGCCUGCACAAAGCCAGGAGGACCGCUGAUGAUGAUUGUUGAGUUUUGUAAAUAUGGAAACUUGUCCAACUAUCUGAGGAGCAAAAGGGAUGAUUUUAUUGUCUAUAAGAACCAGGAUGGUAAGGUGGUGUCGGGGUCUGGUUGUGAACUGAGUGAGUUGAUGAAGCGCCGUCUGGAGAGUGUGGCCAGUACCGGAAGCUCAGCCAGCUCUGGCUUUAUAGAAGAUAAGAGCUACUGCGACUCAGAGGAUGAGGAAGAAGAAGCUGAAGAUUUGUACAAAAGAGUCUUGACUUUAGAAGAUCUGAUUUGCUACAGUUUCCAAGUCGCAAAAGGCAUGGAGUUCUUGGCCUCUCGUAAGUGCAUUCAUCGAGAUUUGGCGGCAAGAAACAUCUUACUCUCUGAGAACAAUGUUGUCAAGAUAUGUGACUUUGGACUAGCUCGGGAUGUGUACAAAGAUCCGGAUUAUGUGCGCAAAGGAGAUGCAAGGCUCCCACUUAAGUGGAUGGCACCUGAAGCCAUUUUUGACAAGGUCUACACCACUCAGAGUGACGUGUGGUCCUUUGGAGUUUUAAUGUGGGAAAUCUUCUCUUUGGGUGCCUCUCCAUAUCCUGGAGUCCAAAUUGAUGAAGAAUUUUGUUGCAGACUGAAGGAGGGGACUAGGAUGAGAGCACCAGAAUACUCCUCAUCAGAAAUCUAUCAGACCAUGUUGGACUGCUGGCACGGAGAGCCACUAAAAAGACCCUCCUUCACAGAGUUGGUGGGAAGGCUGGGGGAUCUGCUUCAGGCCAGUGUUCAACAGGAGGGGAAACACUACAUCCCACUCAACACAAUGCUGCUGGCUAAAGUAGGAGAUCCAUCGGGGACAGUGUCCAGAGAUGACAAGCUCACACGACCCCUGUCCCACCGUGAGUCGGGGUGCACUUGGAACAUGAAGAUACGUCCUGCCAGUGUGAAAACCUUUGAUGAGGUGACUAUGGAUAGUGGAACAAAUGUGGAACAUGUGAGCGGGCAGUCAGACAGUGGGAUGGGCCUGUCUACAGAGAACAUGAGGACACUGAAGCGCCUUGAGUCUUUGGCGGGGCGACCUCUGAGCAUCAUAGCUUUAGCGAAGAAGGCCAUGAGUAAGAGCAAAGAGUCCGUUCUGGACGACUUGGGCCUGGAUGACUCAGCGCUGGACAUUGGUCUGGAGUGUCACAGCCCUCCACCCGACUACAACUCUGUGGUGCGCUACUCCACUCCCCCAGUUUAACCUCUGCUCUCCCUGGGACCCCCCUCUUUUCUGUGGACUGACAUUAAGAGGAAAACCUGUGCCAUUUUGGGGGACAAAAAACAUUUAGAUUUGUAACAUCCAUUUUUCUGCAAAUUUGUCCACCUCUGCACAUAGGCUCAGGUAAUUAUUUAAUCUACUGUGAAAACGCAGGGCAGUCCUCUCCUGUAUCCAUGCAAUAUCCAGUCUUUAUGAGGGAAGUUAAAGCGAAGCUGGGUUUCCUAUUGUUCUUGUUUUGGGUGUAAGAAUCCACAAGGAAUGCUUCACCAUGCUCACAGAGGAUAUGCUGGCAAUAUCAUUGUCAUUUCAUUGAGCUAAACUCAGGUUUGUCACACGUCUGAUUUUAGUUUUGACAAAAUAGGUCCUCAUAGGAGUUUUAUUUCCCCCAAAGCAAAAGCAAAUGAAAUGUUAUAUUUAUAAAAAUUUUCAUUAUCGGAUUUCCAAACUGAAUAUUUUCAUAGUCCAGGCUUUCUGUCAAGUAGUGAAAGCAUUUUUGUUUUGUUUUUAUGAUGCGAGAGUUGUAAAAUGAACAUUUAAAGCCAAUAUAUAUAUAUAUAUUUUUUUUUUAAAGGAAGAGCAGCCAGUAGCAUUUUGAACUAACCAGUACAAUAUACCUUGCAGUCAUUGUAACCCCUGUGUUAUUGUCUUCAACACAUUUUUGGUAAAUAGAUACUUAUGCACUGAAGUUUUAUACUGAUAUUGUUUUCAUACACCAGAGAAUAGUAUAUUGUUACCAAACAGUGUUACAGAGAUUUUGUAUUUUAUUUAACUAUUUUCUAAAAGUAAAUAUUUAAUUUUUUUAGGGUUUUAAACACAUGUACGUACUUUGUAAACACAUUCCAUUGAUUAAGCAGUAAUGUAAACAUGCAAACAUUGUAGCCUACAGUUACCUAAACUAUGUUUCUGUUGUAAUAAGUUGUACAAUAUUAAAAGUACUGUCUUCACACUGUAAACAGAGCAUAUAAAUAAAUAAAAAUAUAUUUAUACAAUAA